AUGUUCAAGAUCCCGGGGCGAACAAAACCCGGGGUAGUGCUGCUGGUGCAUUCGAAUUUCGCACCUCGUCCCUCCGUAGAUUUGAUUGAACACUGAACAUUGUCAUCAUGCACACCUCGUACCUAUUGGCUGCAUCCGCUGUUCUUGGCUUGGGAGCCAUUCAAGUGGUCUCGGCGCAAGAAGGAACCACACCCACUGGCGGAAACCAGCCUUUGGCUACGUACAGCUGUGAUGUCAAUACUUGCAAGCCGCCUCUUUGCUUUUGCGCGUCCACCAAACCUCCACAGGGACUGGACCCGAAAAAGAUUCCGCAAUUCGUUACUUUGACAUUCGACGAUGCAAUCAAUGCACCUGUUCUGCCAGUUAUCAUGAAUCUGACCUCGGGCUUUAAGCCAAAUCCGAACGGCUGUCCUCACUCGUCCACUUUCUUUGUGUCAAACCAGUUUUCCGACUACUGGUUCGUGCAGAAAAUCUACUCUCUCGGGCAUGAAAUUGCCGUUCACACGGUGAAUCACAUUGGUAACCCACCUGUUGAGGAGAUCAGGGCGUCACAACAAGCGCUCAAUGCUUUUGCUGGUAUCCCUCUACACAAACUCGUUGGUUUCCGGCAUCCAUUCUUGAACUACAGCGGCCAGUCGUUCCAAAGUCUCGCGAGCCUGGGAACCUUUUUGUACGAUUCCUCAAUGCCCCACGAUGCCAGCAAGGCACCGUUCUGGCCGUACACCUUAGAUAACGGACCUGCUGCCAACUGUGUUUCCGGAACGUGUGACGGAGCCUUUAAAUUUCCAGGUCUGUGGGAGGUUCCCCUCUACACCCUCAUGAAUGCGGACGGCACAGAAAACACGCCGAUGGACCCGAAUGCUGUUCCUGGAGGAACUCCUGGUUUACCUACUGCGCAAGAGAUUGUAGGCCUGCUAAAGCAGAACUUCUUGAGUCACUACAAUGGUGACCGCGUUCCUUUCGGCAUGUACAUCCAUGCUGCGACUCAACUGAGUCAACCGCAGCGAUUGGGUGCUUUCAUCGAGUUCAUUCAAUGGGUCAAAAACACCUAUCCGGAUGACGUGUACUUUGUAAACAACCAGCAGUUGCUGUCGUGGAUGUUGAAUCCCACCGAUAUCGCAACGUCCAAGAACAGCCCGACUCUUGGUUGUAAUCUUCCCGCACAAUCACCAUCCUCCCCAGAAGUGUGCGAUGGUCUGGAUAAUAAAGGCAACGGCCAGGUCGACGCCGGGCUUGUCGAGAACUGCGCUUUUCCUCCCAACACAUACUUUUCAACCUGCUUCGGUUGCCCCACCAAGAUCCCAAACAUCACUGAAGCAGUUCCACCACGUACUCAAAAUCGUGCGUUCAUUCCAAACGAUGGUUGUCCUAAUGGUGGGGUUUGGGACCCCACGGGGGCCAAGUGUGUUGAAGUCACCCGGACUGGCUCUGCACCCACACCGGCUGCCAACCUUCCUACCCCAGCUGGUCCCGGUAAAUUCACGCCGGGCACUCCGCCGGUUAUCCCUCCCCCAUCCAGCCCUGGUAAGAGUGGAUCUUCCAAAAACGAAGGUUCCAAGCUUGACGGGGGCAUUAUUACGUUAAUUGCUGCCAUAGCUGGCGGUCUCUUUGCUUUAGUGAUAUAAACGAGUAGUUAACUGUUAUCUAUAUUAUACAAAUAUGUACAUAUUUUGCUUAGAAUGAAGCUAAUAAAUCUAAGAUUGAUGUGGA